AAUCAAAAACUAAAACUUCAACCUAACUAACUACCUGAAAGGUUAUGUUUGCAAUAUUUGGAUUAAUAAUUUUCUGAUUUAGAUUUAAUAUUAUUUCUGUCUUCAAUUCAUAAUGCUUGUUACUGCAUAACAUUUUAAUCAGUUGUAAGUACCAAAUAUUAUAUCAUUCAUUGUUAUGAGUUCAGAUUUUGUUUUAGUUUCAAAGAAAAAGAAAUCUCGUAGAAAAGAUGGCACUACUAGUUUAUUAAGGAGAAUCUCUUCGAUCUGCGAAGAAGUCGGCAGUUCGAGCUAUUGUGACAAUCUAGUUCAAGUUCUCCACGAAAUUCUCUCUCAACAAAAACUUGACUCCUUCCAGGACAUCUUGUGCUACGGCCUGGGAAGUGUUGAAAACUUCGCAAACUCAAAAUACCAGUUCGGACUUCUAGUCAGCUUGAAAGAACACUUCAACACCAAAGUCCAAAUCUACGAUCCUAACUUCAGAGCAGACGAUUUGACGUUGUUUGAACAUUACGAUUUCGAAGUGAUUGAGGAGAACGAGUUUGGUAAGAGAUCAAUCGAUAGUGCAACCCUAGUUUACCUUCCGCAUUGUCCGCACGAAUUGUUGAACAAUUUUCUGUGGAAAAAUUGGGACAUCACUAGUUUGAGAAAGUGUGUGAUAUUUGGUAACAGUAUAGGACAUUUCAUUGAUAACACGCCGGUAAAAACGAAAGAAACAUUCAAGUAUAUCUGUAGGGUGCAGUGUUUGGUUAAGGAAGUUUCUCUUGAAAAUCAAUUUAAAUUCUCCGACGUUUUCAACGACUUAUCGGUGCAUUGCAUCAGUGAGGAAAACGCCACCGAUGAACUAGAGUGCAAUUUUUUCGAUUUUGACGAAGAGCCAAACUACGAUACCCUACCAGUAGAGUACAGGAAAACUCUGAGCUAACACGAUGAGUGCCCUAACUAAGAAAAGCGUUCUUUUGGGCUUGAGAGGUUUGAUUUCAGAGUUGAGAAAGUGCAGUCCAACAGGUAAUAUGAAGGAGUCGCUUGUUAUGACGUACAUCUUCGAGCAAUACCGUAACUUUAAGGUGACGGAUGAACAGCUGUGUAAGGCUCAACAGGAGAUGAACUUCUUGGCACAGUCUUAUCAUUGCUAUUUGAGGAGUCUGAGAGAGUAUGAAGAGCUGCACAGUCAAUAUUUGAGUAAGGGUGAACGCACAGUCAAGCAAACGGCUGACUUGGUUGGCUUCAAACUUCCACAUGAUGCUAAGUAAAUGUUGGAAAUGUGCAUUUCAGUAGUCGAUAUUGUACCUGAUCUGUACAGUCUUUAGUUAUUUUCAAUGAUUAAAUCUUGUAAUGCUCAGUUGAUUGGGAUAUAGUUACGCUUUACAAAUUUAUUCUAUUAUUGAAUAAGAAAUAGUGUCAUAAAAUAUUUGUAUCGAUUCAAAUUUACUGCAGUUGAAACUUGAGUUAUCUUUCAAUUAAAAUGAAAAAGGUUGUAAUAUUUGUUUUGUUCUUGAAUUUUGUUUUCUCCUCUAAAUGUCCGGCAGGUAGUUUUUUGCUCCCCUUCAUGUUGACCUGCCAUCGUUACCUAGAUUGUAACGAUAUUAAAAGCAUUCGAAUUGUCAAAGAGUUGAAUUCCGGCUUUGUAAAAACCGUUUACUUGGCCAAAUGGAAGCAUUACAAUGUAGUUCUUAUGAAACCCAAUCGGUUCGGUUUUGACGACGACUUUAAAACCGGAUUAUCAAUGUUGAAACUUAUGAACCCGAACGACCGAGUCACUCAGCUCAUAGGUUACUGCGAGGAGCGAAAUAUCAUACUAACAGAGUACCAUAUGAAUGGAGAUGCUAGGAACGUGUUGGCUCUAAUGGAGAAAAACAGUUCUGUUGAUACAAUCGAGAACCGGUUGAAGUUGUGUAUCAAUUACGCCGAGUUGUUACAGAUGUUGCACAGUGGUCCAUACGGCACUAGAGUGGCCUGUGACUCGAAUACUUUACAAAAGUUGCUCAGUCAGUUUCUAGUCACAUCCGACCUGAAAUUGAUAGUGAAUGACGUGGAUGCCCUGCCACAAGUUCAACCGAACUCCUCAAUUGUGUGCGGAUCUCGGCGGCUGGCUGGAGAUUUUGUUGCUCCUGAACAAAAAUCAACGUCGGUGAUUGGCUACAAUGAGAAAACGGACAUCUGGAAAGCUGCCUCUGUGUGCCAGUAUUUCAUUGAAGGCCAUAAGGACUCGCAGAUAGUUUUGUACAGCAUCUACGAGAUGCAUAAACAGUGCAAGAACAGGGAUCCCAACCUGCGUCCCUCGGCUGACGAACUGGUCGACGGCUACAAGCGUGUCUUGUACGAUCUCAUUGCGUCAAGAUCUGAAUUGUAAACUCAAAAGGUUGUUGAGAUAUAACUGCUCUGAAGGUAAAGAUCUAAAUUGUGAAUUGUGCAGUACAGUCGCUUUCUGUAGUUUCAUCCUUUUUUCUGAAUAACCCUUUGUAAAUAAAAAGGUGUUUCAAAAGUUUCUAAAUUU